UGGAAUAAUAUGCCCUGGAUUUCUCUUGACUCCCACUUCUGCCUCAUCAAGCGAGCCAUGUGAAUCCCAGAAUGGCACCUUCUGCGUAUGCCGAUCCGGCUCCCUUGGAGUCAGCUCACAAGGAGAAGAGGUUCUUCUGCUCCGAACAGGGCUGCGGCAAGUCAUUUGCAAGACGUGAGCACUUGCACCGGCAUGCAUUCAACCACAAAGACGCCGACUUCACUUGUCCUCGCUGUGCUGCCCAUUUCAGGCGCCGUGACCUCUUGGAGCGUCAUGCACAGCGCCACCGACAGAAGGACGCCGAAGCUGGUGGAGUGGGCCUUGGUAACCUGGCUACACGAAAGCGCCUCUGGAGAGACAGCGAAGGCAGAGUGGUCAACGCGAGCCGCCCACACAAAAUCGCGUCCAGCACCUCGGGUCUUGAUGGCACAGGCGCACGGCAGGAUGACAUAAUACCCGAUGACACAGGCGUACGGCAUGGCGACAUAAUGUUGGAUGGCUUGAAUUGUGGUCUUCCGUCUCGGAUCACGUCGAAUCCAAGCACUGGCUCGGACGAGACGAGCAACAAUCAGGCAAUGGACCUCACGUACCUUCAAGACGGUUGGCCUCCAGUUGACAUGAGCUUCAUGCCUCAAAGUGAAGGCACUGAUCUGGACUUUCUGUCUGAUGCCAGCUGGGCCAACCAGUCAUUUCAGACGCUGAUUGAAGCCCCUUGUGACCUUCCCGACAACGAUGUAACCUUUACUGAUACCACAAUAUCCUUCAGUACUCAGCUUCCGACACUGCAGUAUUACAGCUGGCUUUUCGGGAAUGACAUCGCCAAUGCUGACAUCAAUCACUCACAGCCCCCUCCAAGCAAGACAUCUACGCACGAGCUCGUCCAUGAUCGCACACUGGAUCGUUUUCCAGCAGCAAGCUUUGACCCAACCCUUCACUCAGCUCCGCCUCCACUUCACUCGGGUCUCGGGGAUUCAUCGACGGCCUUGAAACUUCACCCUCAGUCUCAGUCUCGGAAUCUGAACACCGGACUUCAAUCUCCAGACUCUAGUCCUGGUCAGACGAUCAGGAAGUCAUCGGCGGAUAGGCAAUCUCCGUUUUCAGCUGGCACGAUCAAUUGUGUGUCGUCUCCAUCAUAUCAGGGCUCCGCGAGCGAACUCGGUAUCAUCGGGCUUGACAGUCCUCACCUAUAUUUCUCAUCAAAUCAGAAACCCACAAUCGUCGCGCAUGCGGGAUCUUCUUAUAUAUAUACUGACGACCUUCCGCCUCCGGAUUCCUUCGUACGGGAAACCCCCCCGAAGCUGCCUAUCAUCACGAAUGAGGCUCGCGACGGCCUUAUGCAAUUGAUCUCUCAGACGCGCCCGACCAGACCGGACAAGUCAGAGAUUAGUUCCUGUGAUCCGCUGCUGUCACUAGCAUCUCUACAACAUUACGGUGAUUUAUUUUUCACACACUUCAACACGACGUAUCCAUUGAUUCAUCCAGCUACCUUUCAAAGUUCGACAGUGCAUUCCUUACUUCUCAUGUCCAUUGUUCUUCUGGGCGCAACAUACAGCGAUAAGAAAGCACACAUGCUGGCUGUAUGCAUACACGAUAUUAUGAGGCCACUUAUUCACAGCAGUAGAGAAUUCGGGACUAGGCCAAGCCUUUGGAUGUUGCAGACGAUCCUGUUAGUGGAGUGCUUCGGCAAGAGUCGUGCGGGUGAACGCCAGCAUGAUAUGUCGAACGUUUAUCAUGGACUUCAGAUCAAUCUCCUACGAAGAAGUGACUGCCACAACGUGCAUAUCCCACCCUGGGACGAAACGACUCAGACAUUGGAAGAGUACUGGCACAUGGCAAUUGAGGCAGAACAGAAGCGGAGACUCGCACUGAUCUCCUUCAUGUGGGAUACACAGCAUGCUAUCUUCUUUGCCCAGAUCCUUUGUCUGAAUGCGUCAGAACUCAAAGUGGCUCUUCCCUGGGAUACGGCUAUCUGGGAGGCCGAUACUGCCGAAGACUGGCUUUAUCUAACUAAGACUUCACCAGCAUCACCGCAGUACCUGACUAUCUUGCAGAUGUACACGGAUCCAAGCGUGUCGUCCGCGCCAUCGCACUUGAAUGCUCUGUCCCGGGUUCUAGUCUUUCACGGCCUCAUGUCUCUCUCGUGGGACUUUAGGCGUCGUGAUCAAACCGCUUUGAACCGGAAUACUACUUCAACCGGAGUCAGAUGGCAAACCAAAGUCAGCAACUGCUAUACCAAAUGGAAGGAGGAUUUUGAUCGGUACACCAAAGACGUUCUGUCAUCUCUGUCGACCAGUCCUACUCAACAUGCGAAAUUCCAACGCUCCUCUGUCGCCAGUUCGGCCGUCUACCAUACCGCACAGCUGAUCCUGGAAGUUGAAACAGCGGAUUUGCAGAUUCAUGCGGGCGCAAAGCAUAUUAUCGGUCGACCAGUUACAGACCUUGAUCGGCAACGCUCACGAACCAGGCUCGACGAAUUCAUGACAAGAGAUGAAGGGAAGAGUAUUGGGCGAGCAACAUGGCAUGCAGCGCGACUCCUCCGCGAUGGUAUCCGUAAGCUCGACAACUGGGACGUUGAAGAGAUGAUUCAUUUUCCUUGGUGUCUCUACCUCGCUACUCUCACAUGUUGGACGACCUACAGCCUUGCCACUGAAAAUUGCACGGAUGAACUCCAAACCUCACUUUAUGCCCCGCCACCAGAUUACGACGUUGUGGAUGAGGACGGUGUUUGGGAUUCAAGGACAGAUAUGAUGGCACUGAUCAGCGCUUUGACGAGGCUCGAUCCUGCAAGACGAACGUUUGCCAAGGACAUCUGGCGAGUAGCAGGGCAGUCGAGACCACAUGGCCUGCUCACGUGUAUGGUGAAACAUCUGAGCACCGUCAGAUGGGCAGUGGUCAGGGAAGGUAUGAUAGUGCUCAACGAUUUAAUGGGCACCACGAGGCUGUCAGAUUCUAGGCAUUCCUAGCCCUAGUACUAGCCGAGUUGUAUGUAGCUAACUCGUCCCCCGGGACCCUUAGACCUUCAACAGAGAUUCUUUUCCACCCUGAAAGCGUCAUGCUUUGGAUAGAGGGCGGAUAUCCC